AUGGUUGGCAUCCCAGGGAAGUCACAAGGUUGUAAUACCUGCAGACGAAGGAAGGUCAGAUGCGAAGGCUAUGAAAGAUACCCGGUCUUCAUCAACCGGGGCCAGACAGGCCUCCAGAGACGACGACGCCUAGAGGAAGCCAGGUCCACGCCGCCACAGCCUGCCCUACAGAAUCAAAACACUAUUGUCUUCUCCACGCCCUCCCCUUCGCAGGUCAACGAAGAUCAACUUAUAUCCUCUUUCUGGGAAGGUUACUCCACUGUUUCACCUCAGUACUCUAGAACGAGGGAACCCGCUUGGCUGUAUCAUUCGAUCAAUAUCUCAGCAUCUAUAACUCCGUUGAGACUAGCUCUUCUUUCUCUCGCAUAUACCCGAACGGGCAGACUCCAAAACAACCAAACACUGAUUCGGAAAGGGCAAGAAAUCUACGGUCGAGUUCUUCGAUUGACGCAAAAUGCUCUGUACGAUCCACAGCUGAUGCGUCAUGAUGAACUACUUGCAGCGGCUCGAUGCAUGGUCCUGUAUGAAGCUUUUGAGUCGACGUCCGAGGACAUGGCUGCCUGGCAAAGCCAUAUCAUUGGUAUAGCCCGAAUUAUGCAGCUUCGAGGCCCUGACCACCACCGUGACCCUUUGCCCAAAUCCAUCCUCGAAUCUAUGCGUUACAACGCCAUGAUAGUCUGUCUCGUCAAGAGGGAAUCGUCCUUUUUCGGCAACCCGGAUUGGUUGAUGCAGCCCUGGGCCGACACAUCCAAAGAUCUUGAUCAAAGGCUUUACGACUAUGGCUUUACGCUAUCUAAUCUCUUCCAGAGGGGUGAAGCGGCUUACCAUCGUUCGGAUCGAACAGAGAUCCUUCGCAUCCUGGAACGGAUCAGAAAUAGCUAUCUGGGCAUGACAACUCUCAACGAGGAACUGCUGGCCGUGCAAACAGAAGACUACCCCGUGAACGAGCAUGCCCUGAAUGAACUACACGUCGGAGAAACGACUUUUGCCAUUACUUCAGCAAUUCUCCUUGCCCUCGAUCUGUCAUUUUCCAUUUAUGCGGCGGCACUGAUUGCGAAGUGUCCGGACGACUUUUUCACCGAACACCAGGAUCUGCUUGCAGAAAUUUCUUCGCACACGGACGAGUCACGCAGACGGGACUUGUCAAAGCAGGUCCUCUGGCUUCUUCAACAUUCUCUACAGACCCGAUUCGAGUAUUCGCGACCCAGAAUCAUCUUCCCACUGAACGUGGUGAGGUGGGAGCUAAGGGCAAUCCCUGAGUACAAGGUCCAAGUACAAGCGCUGUUUGAAACCAUUGCUUCGGGAAAUCAGGUUCGCAUUGCCCGCAGUGUGCAGAAUGCUGGCUGCUCGACCAUGCCUAGCAUUAUCUCGAAGGAGAGUGAAAGCUGA